CCUACAUCUUGUAACGCGUGAAAUGUCCCUCACGGGUGAUGUGAAGCUCCCGAUUGACAUUGACGAGUUUAAUUCUAUUAUGGAAAUCACAAAAUCCUUGCAAAAAAGGAUUGGAACAAACGCUUUGCCUGAAGAUGGCUCGAAGCCUCCUUUUCGGCCAGUGACUACUACAGUCAUGAAAAUGAGCUUCUCUUGCAUGCUCGAGAAAAUACGCAGAAUUAAAGACGAAUUUCUAGAGGCUGAUACCGAAGAUGCUUCCAUUAAACUGAAAACGGCCUGCGAUAUUAUUCGGAGUAUGGGAAGUGCAUUGUACAAUUUUGUAAAUAUGUCUAGGUGGAUACUUCAUUUCAUCUCUAUGCCUGAGCUUGAAAAACCGGCGAACGCCCUGACCUGUAAAUUUCUCGAUGCGUUUAUCUCCUUUGCUUUUUUUUUGGUAGCUACACCCGACCGAGCCAAAUCCAGACAAUCCCUCGACAAAAUGUGGAAUUACAUCGAAGAAUUGAACAGUCUGCCUUGGUACACCAGCCUGAAACAACACAUCAUAUUAAUCCUUGCCGAGAAUCAGGCGAUGGAGUCCUUCGCCGCCACGCUUCAAACCGAGUUUCAGCACCCUGCUAUCAUCUAUGAAGAUGAAAUGCAGUACAAGAAUGAUAAUGUGAGACAAAUAGAAGAGAACAGAUGCAUUAUUCCAAGUUGCAUCCUUAUCGUUAGAACUGUGGAAAGAUUUUACAAUUAUUUGGUCGCCCUGCUCAAGAAAAUCGAAGAAAACAAAAUGCUCAAAGAGAGUGAACUAAAACUUCAGCAAAUAGACAGGUUGGUGUUGGAACUGAGAGAACAAACGCACAAGUCAAUAGAUUCUAAACACCAAAAGAUAGACGUUAUAGUGACGUGUCACCAACAAAUCAUGAAUCUAAUGGAUAAAGUGAUAUCCGUGCUAGAGGAGGUACCUGAUCUCAAAGAUAAGCGGGAGUACAUAAACAUGCUACAAGUCACGACAAGAAGACUAUAUGAAACCGCUCAAGAGCGACUGAAUAGCAAGCAGGUUGAAUACAAGCUCAAGCCAACAGUGACGCUAUACGAAAAAAAUUUUUAAAAGGCCUAAAAUUUGAUGAUGGAAUAACAAAUAGUAUAACUCGUUCCUCUUCUGCGCAAAAACAAUAAUGCAUUUCAUUUCAGCCAUUUUUUGCACCCUAAUUCUAGAAGCCAAGUGCAAAAAAAUUCUAUGAGGAUCAUGAGAAUUAACAUGAUAGAAAACCUCGGGGUAAAUGGUACGAGCUCGAAGCUAGUAUUAAAUUCUGGAAUUAGUUGUGUCGCCGAUAUGAUGAUGAUGCUUGCCAUACAGAUGAUGGUAUAGAAAAAUGUUUUGUUUUCAUAGAUGCUCUGCAUAAAUGGAUAUCCCUGGUAAUUAAUGAGGAAUGUCAUCAGUUGCUGUGAGCUGCUAAUCAAAAAAACACUACUAUUGACCAGAUUUGGCUCGAACGCUGCGUCGGGUGCUGGUUUGGGGAUGGUUUGGCUCUGACUAACUACAAAAAUAAGAGAUAUCAAGUGUAUGGCAGACUGUCCUAGGACAGAGCAAAGCAUGUAGGGGCAGAAAAUCUUUGAUACUGGACGUUCACUGGAUAUCUCUUUUAGUGGCUUAGAGCGAGAGAUACUGAAGAAACACAUCGUCGUCGUAAGAGCUGAAAUUGUUAUUUGUAUAUCGCCAUACUUGAUUCCAUCCAAGUAUAGCACGCUGAGUCCAUAGGCGUUGAUUAGACUGUUUAAGGCAAGAAUUUUGAACAUUUGCAUCGCUGUUACGAGUGUACAACGACCCUGUCGGAUGAUGCUGAGAACAGGUAAUAUAGAAGCACCUUUAGAUGUGAAU